AUGGUACUCACCUGCGCCUUUUUCAACGCACGAUGUGUGUUUGAGGAAUGCUCGGAAGACCGUGAUCGACAGGCAUUCAUAACGGCGUAUAAGAAAGGCUGCGUCGACUUGGGAAUGAGACUACGCGAUAUCACUGGUGAAUGGGGGAUGUUUGAUACACUUAGCUCCUCUUCAACGAUUGGGUUGGGUAGGACGCAAGUCAGCACUGGGCCGAGUACGGAGACGGCGCCUGGGAUGCAGACGAAGACGAAGACGAGUACACUGAUGGAAGCGACGGAGAUGCCCAUCGCAGGCACCGCAACAGCCGCGACCUUCACACUCAUCCUUCUCGCCCUACUAGCCCUCCUAUACUACCGCUCGAAGAAGAAAGCAAAAAAGCUGCGCGUCGAGAAUGCGGUUUUGGUAGAUGCGACGCAUCCUGAGGGAGUGGGGGGUAGGAUUGAGGUGUUGAUGGAUAGACGUAGGGGAGAUGAUGGGUUUGAAGAGGAAGGGACGUUGGUUGGAUCACCUACAGGGGAGAGUUUUGGGGUUGGGGGAGGAAAGUGGUAUGGAGGUGGGAGGUUUAUUGCUGGUGCUGCUGCUGCUGGUGAUGUGGGUAUGAGGAUCCAGGAGAAAAACUACGGUGGUGGCGGUGCUGGUGGGAAUGCGUACGGUUAUGGCACUGGAACUGGGAUUGGAACUGGACCUGGACCUGCAAACACGGAACCAGACGCUGCGAGGAGAGGAGGUAGUAUAGGUCCUCCGCCUGCAUCGCCGCCACCGCCACCUCCGAAGGUACCGCCAAAAGUUCAGUCACCGAGGGUUUAUGAUGAUGAGGAGAGCGAGUAUGAGAGUUUAAGGAGGGAACCGAGGAGAGUCGUUCAACCUACGUCACGGUCACCGCCUCCGGUGCCGCCACAGUCACGGUCGCCGAGGGCGUAUGAUGAUGAGGCCGAGAGCGAGUAUGAGAGUUUGAGGAGGGGUAUUGGUGGUGGUGCUGGUAGGGGAAGGAGAGGCUGGGAUGAAGGGAGGAUGAUUUAG